AUGACGAACUUGUGUUCAACUUUGCAAACCCUUCACCGAAACCUUCUGUCGGAUUCGGAAUCGGAAAUCGACGACGUUGCAAUCUCGAAACUACGUUCCCCAAUUAUCGCCGAGCAUCGUCGACGGCAUGAGAGCUCCUCAAGUGAUGGGAGGAGUUCAACAGAUAGGAUGUUCAUUCCUAAAUCACGUGACCGCUUCCGAAGCAGCUCGUGUGACACCAGGGGGCACGCUGGAAAACCGGAGUACAUACAUUGUAGAUGUUGUGGAUUAUUGAAAAAGGCGAAGGUGUCGUUUUCGGAUGACGUCGGCGAUGACGACACACCCGAGGAAAAAGAAAAUCCAAAAAUACCCAGAGGAUGUGAAACUAAAAUUAUACCACGACGGUCCGGAUCAUGUGAUCCGAGUAUUAGAAAUAGGGAUAAUUUUCAAGCUGUGAUAAAACCCGGACAAACGGUUUCCGACACCGAGUUCUUGGCACGGAGACAGACAUCUGCCCUCCCUAGAUAUGAAGAUGUUGUCAGUGACGGAGAUCGACGAUGGCGAGGACGACGACAGACACGUCAUCCGGGUCGACCACCUCCAGCACCACAAACGUCCUCACAACGACGUCAUAAGCCACAACUGAGCCAUGCACAUCGUCAACAGGAACCCUCUCCCCUCACCGUUGCCGAUGUCAUGCCGCAAGUUUUGCAGAAAGAAAGAAAUCCCUGCGUCCAAGCCCAACAAUACCCUCACGCCCAUAAUCCUUCAAACGUUGUUCCGGAUUCGAGCCUAACAUCUAGUCAUGGACCUGAUGAGCAGGAACCUCCCGCUCACUCCCCGUGUUGGACACAAGAUCAGAUGGCGAAUGAACCCCACAGCGCUAAUGACACUGAUAUUCCCAUAGAAUUAAUGCCAAGCUACAUUCCGGAAGAACGAUCUAGGAGUCGCAGGCGACCGAAUGAGUGUGAUCCUGCCAUUAACCGAUCACAUAUUGAACGAGGUGUUUCAUUUAAAAUCGCUGUUGACAAUCACGAGAGGCCAUCGGAUAGACCAAAAGACGUGUUCUUAAAACAGGCACGCGAUUACGCAAGUGAAGGUAGCCAAUGGUCGUCAAGACCUCCUCGCAAGCCAGGCUUUACAGAACAUUCAACGAACCUUACGCGAACAGUACAUGAGCAGUCUUCAAUAAAGUCAGGAUCUUCAGAUAGAUCACUACAGUGGCAAAGUGUCGCAAAACAUCCAAAUUCUGUGUAUUUGCCGGGGGGGAAGGUGAAGGAAAAUACUCAUCAACGGACACCUGCUCCAGCUGCAGCAUCGCUGCGUCCAACAGAACUCUGCAUCAUCACCCCAUCAAGUGAACACUGGCUGGAGAGAAAAACGCAGGCGUACCGUCCUCAUCGAACCCCUUCUCCAUCAGCACAGCCUCAUGCAACGGAAUGCGCCGUUAACCACGGCCAAGAACAUAGCCACACAGAAGAACAGUCAUUAAUUCUUAACACACCGCCAACCAAGAGGUAUCACCUGCAACGGACAUCGUCUCCAAUCAGAGCACAACCCUGUCCAGUAGAACCCAUUCCAAGUGUCAGGAAUGACCAGUCACUGGAGGCUUCUCUCACCGAGCAUCGUCCUCGCACAAGUUCUCUGUCAGCACCAUCACGCCCAUCACAUUUGACAAUAAGUAAAUCCACAUAUGAACAAUCAUUUCAGCCUGAAACCUCUUCAACCCCACUCUGCAGCCGUCCCCCUAAACCCCCUCCAAAGAACUCCCCGGACAAACCUCCAGCGCGUCCACCCAAACCCCUAAAGCUUCAAUCUCCCAGCCAUAGUGGUUCCCCCGACGGAAUAUCCUCCACGAAUAACGCAAAGCAGCCACAUGCCCGUAGUGACGAGCCGCCAGCUCUGCCCCCCCGGGGCAGACCACCCAGACAACCGACUGACAAACCACCGGAAAGACCCCCAAAGUCAUGGGUUGGAAGGAAACCCCUACCUAUGUCAAGAGAGAGUUCCGACCCACCACCUUUACCCCCUAGGACCCGCCGGGCACAGUCUGUUGAUAGUGUGUUCCGGAAAAGGGAGGCAACCCCGGGGAUGGGGGAGCAGAGAAGGACUGCAUCAGAGGGGGAGAGUCAGAAACUGAUCAUGGAGGUUCUUGUGUGA